AUGAGCUUCCCAGGAAUGAUGCCGGGCGGUCGCCCCAUGGGCGCCGGUAUGCCCGGUCAGAACCCUCAGGGCAUGAGCGAGCAAGAGCAGGCCAUGGUCAAGGCGAUGCAAGCAGGCAUGGAGUCCUGCGCAACCAAGCUCGUCAUGUCCGGCGUAGCGGGCGCCGGUAUGGGUGCUGUCUUCGGUCUCUUCAUGUCCAGCAUGCGCUACGAUACUCCCCUCACCCCACAAGGCGCCGAAAUCGCCAAGCUGCCCCUCCGCCAACAACUGCGUGCAGGCUUCAAAGAGAUGGGCCGCGCCUCGUACAGCUCGGGAAAGAACUUUGGUCUCAUCGGCGCCAUCUUCUCCGGCACUGAGUGUGCUAUCGAGGGCCUUCGCGCCAAGAACGACCUCAUGAACGGUGUCGCCGCCGGCUGCAUCACUGGUGGCGCUCUUGCGGCCAAGGCCGGCCCCCAGGCGACCGCCGUGGGCUGCGCAGGUUUCGCAGCCUUCUCGGCCGCGAUCGAUUAUUACAUGAAGUUGCCGCCGGAUGAGACGAAGAACCCGGUGAUCUGA